GACUCUCACGCUGCACACCAAACUCGCUGCGCUCUGACCACUGCAACUUUUGCAGAGACUCCUCACUCCACAGACAUGUCGCACAAUAGCUGAAGUAAACCUGUCAUCGUGGCUCAUCAUUUGAGCCCACAGAAACACACCGCGGGUGGGAUUUGAAUUGCACAGCCUGUCGUCUGUCGCUCGCCUCGUAUCGGACCCUAGCUUUGAAAACGCCUGGAUAUGAAUUAUGAGUAUUUUCCUCACUAAUGAACUGGACCAGUAAUGCAGGAGACCGCGUCGACCCUCUCAUCAGCAUUUCAAGAUGGCAGAUUUUUAUUGAGUUUUGAACAGAAAUAUCGCUUUAUUUUUUGCCAUGAAUAACAGAAAUCCUUGCACCGAUGGCCCCUGUAUACGAAGGUAUGGCCUCGCAAGUGCAAGUGUUCUCCCCUCACACUCUCCAGUCAAGUGCCUUCUUUAGCGUGAAGAAACUGAAGGUGGAGCAAAGUUGUAACUGGGAUAUGACAGGGUACGGCACACACAGCAAAAUCUACAGCCACAACAGCAGCAAGAACGUGUCGGCAACCAGCGGCCCCCUAGGCAUCAACAGCUCCCUGCAGGUCGCCAGCUCCACCCUGCCCUACGAGCAGGCUCUCGUCUUCCCAGCCACCGCGGGCCACAUCGUGGUCGCCUCAGCCAGCAGCACUUCGGGGGCUGUGGGGUCUCUGCUGGGUGGCGGGGGUGGAGGCAGCAGCAGCAACAGUAGCGGUGGUGGAAGUGGCGGAGGUGGCAGUGGUGUGGGUGGUGGGGUUGGUGUUCACAACCUGACGCGCCGCAGCACAGUCAGUCUCCUAGACACCUAUCAGCGAUGUGGGCUUAAACGCAAGAGCGAAGAGCUUGACAACAACAGCAGCGUGCAGAUCAUUGAGGAGCACGGCCCACCGAUGAUCCAGAACGGAGCAGCCAGUGGAGCCACGGUGGCUACGGUGGCCACAGCCACCUCCACAGCAACAUCCAAGAACAGCGGCUCCAACAACGAGGGCGACUACCAGCUGGUGCAGCAUGAGGUGCUCUGCUCCAUGACCAACACCUACGAAGUCUUGGAGUUCUUGGGACGAGGAACCUUCGGGCAGGUGGUCAAAUGCUGGAAGAGGGGCACAAACGAGAUAGUGGCAAUCAAGAUCUUAAAAAACCACCCAUCGUAUGCACGGCAGGGUCAGAUCGAGGUCAGCAUCCUGGCACGUCUCAGCACGGAGAGCGCAGAUGACUACAACUUUGUGAGGGCCUACGAGUGCUUCCAGCACAAGAACCACACGUGCCUGGUAUUUGAGAUGUUGGAGCAGAACCUGUACGACUUCCUCAAGCAGAACAAGUUCAGCCCUCUGCCUCUCAAAUACAUCAGACCGGUGCUGCAGCAAGUGGCCACAGCGCUAAUGAAACUGAAGAGCCUAGGACUGAUACAUGCUGAUUUGAAGCCAGAGAACAUCAUGCUGGUGGACCCAUCUCGACAGCCCUACAGGGUCAAAGUCAUCGACUUUGGCUCAGCCAGCCAUGUGUCCAAAGCGGUCUGCUCCACUUACCUACAGUCCAGAUACUACAGAGCUCCAGAGAUCAUCUUGGGUCUGCCUUUCUGUGAGGCCAUAGACAUGUGGUCCCUGGGCUGUGUGAUAGCUGAGCUCUUCCUGGGAUGGCCCCUCUACCCUGGAGCCUCAGAGUACGAUCAGAUCAGGUACAUCUCACAGACACAAGGUCUGCCUGCAGAGUACCUGUUGAGUGCAGGGACAAAGACCACAAGGUUCUUCAAUAGAGAUCCAGACUCCACCUACCCUCUCUGGAGACUAAAGACUCCAGAGGACCAUGAGGGUGAAACAGGGAUCAAGUCCAAGGAGGCUCGCAAGUACAUCUUCAAUUGUUUGGAUGAUAUGGCGCAGGUAAACAUGACGUCAGAUCUGGAGGGGAGCGACAUGCUGGCAGAGAAGGCCGACAGGAGGGAGUUCAUCGACUUGUUAACCAAGAUGCUGACCAUCGAUGCAGACAAGAGGAUCACCCCGGUCGAAACACUCAACCACCCUUUUGUCACUAUGUCUCAUCUCCUUGAUUUCCCGCACAGCACACAUGUGAAGUCGUGCUUCCAAAAUAUGGAGAUCUGUAAGCGUCGCGUCAACAUGUACGACACGGUCAACCAGAGCAAGACACCCUUUAUCACCCAUGUGGCCCCCAGCACCUCCACCAACCUCACUAUGACCUUCAACAACCAGCUGAACACUGUGCACAGCCAGGCCACCAACCUGGCUCCCUCCUCCACCAACAAUGCCACCCUUUCCUUUUCAAGUCCUGAUGUCUCCAUACUAAACUACCAAUCUACACUCUACCAGCCCUCCGCUGCCUCCAUGGCAGCCGUGGCCCAGAGGAGCAUGCCCCUGCAGCCUGGGGCUCCUCAGCUCUGCGCUGCCCGGCCUGACCCCUUCCAGCAGGCGCUCAUAGUCUGCCCACCUGGAUUCCAAGGGCUGCAGGCAUCCCCUUCCAAGCACACCAGUUACUCCGUGCGGAUGGAGAAUGCUGUUCCCAUAGUGACGCAGGCCCCUGGUGCCCAGCCUCUGCAGAUUCAACCUGGCCUCCUUACACAGCAGGCCUGGCCGAGCGGCACCCAGCAGAUCCUGCUGCCUCCAGCCUGGCAGCAGCUCACCCACACCUCAGUCCAACACGCCACUGUCAUCCCUGACUCCAUGAGCAGCACACAGACCCUUGCCAACUGGAGGAAUUCUCACCCACAUGGCAGCCAUUAUAAUCCCAUCAUGCAGCAGCCAGCCUUGCUGGCUGGCCACGUCACCCUCCCAUCCAACCAGACACUCAAUGUGGGAGUGGCACAUGUUAUGAGGAAGCCCUCAACCAAUAACAACUCCUCUUCCAAAAAGAACAAACAGCACCAGAUGUCUGGCAGGAACAUGUCAACCAACGAGGUCUCAUCCUCUCAAGUGGUGCUGUCUCCACAGCGCUCAAAGCGGGUGAAGGAGAAUACGCCUCCGCGUUGCGCUGUGCUACAGAAUGGCUCGACCUCUAACUGUCCGCCCACGCAAGGGUGUGGGGGUGGAGGGUGGGGGGCUAGUGAAACAGAGCAGGCUUCCAGCACCACUCGAGACCAUCAGCACCAGCACAACGUCCCCAGACAGACGAUCGUCAUCCCCGACACACCCAGCCCUGCUGUCAGCAUCAUCACCAUCAGCAGCGACACAGAUGAGGAAGAUGACCACAAACAAAACAAUAGCUCAUCUUCUAAGCAGAGAAAGAAUGUCAUCAGCUGUGUGACGGUCCAUGAUUCACCAGAGUCCUAUUGCUCCAGCAACAACAGUCCCUAUACUGUUGAGUCGAGACCCCCUAACAACAACAGCUAUGACACAAAGACCACCAUCCUGGACAACUACAAUAAUGGAAACCCUCGCACCAUCAUCAUCCCCCCUCUCAAAACCCAGAACAGUGAGGUCCUGAAUGAGUGUGAGCGUCUGAUGCCAGAUGCAAUGAACCAUCAGAAUUCAGCUUACAAGUUCAAAUCCACCAAUGGAGUGGUGCCUGGCAAUAAUCACAUAGCCGGGGGUGUAACUGGAGGCGGGUCCUACCGACAGCAGCGCUCAGGGCCACACCCCCUCCAGCAGCAGCCUCUCAAUCUCAGCCAGGCCCAGCAGCACAUGGUAGCCGAGCGUAACGGAGGACAUCGGCGCCAGCAGGCCUACAUCACUCCUAACAUUGCCGCUCAAGCCCCGUACUCCUUCCAUCACAAUAGCCCCUCUCACACAGGCAACGUUCACCCACAUCUGGCUGCCACGCACCUCCCUAGCCAGCCCCAUCUCUACACCUACACAGCUCCUGCUGCUCUGGGUCCUACCAGCACUGUGGCUCACCUGGUGGCGUCACAGAGCUCGGCACGCCACGCGGUCCAGCACGGAAGCUAUCCACCAAGCAUCGUCCACCAGGUUCCAGUUAGCAUGGGCCACCGUGUGCUGCCCUCGCCCACCCUGCACCACAGCCAGUACCAGGCCCAGUUCGCUCACCAGGCCUACAUCAGCGCCUCGCCCGCCUCCACUGUCUACACUGGAUACCCCCUGAGCCCCACCAAGGUGAACCAGUACCCUUACCUCUAGAGAAGACACUGACUGACACUGGAGAGCCUGACCCAGCGCUGCUGCUCCUUUCCUCAGCCUCAGCCCAACAAGAGCCCCGUCAACAUCCCCAACAUCUUCCCCUCGACCUCAGACGCAAACAGAGACAGAGGAACUUGCAAUCCUCCUGAAACUGUCAUGUAUAACUUGAAGAUAUAACGACAGAGAGCAAAAGAAAAAAAUACGAUUCACAGCCUUUCUAGAAGGAAAAGUUUGGAGUUGAAUUUUCGAGGGAUUCAGUUCAAGAAAUUUUGUUUUCUUUUUUUUCCCUUGAAAGGGCCAGUUUCUGCUUUCAUUUGCCCAUUCUUUACUUUAAUAAGUCUCAUUAGUUUUACAGGGAAGCGUGGAGAAGGCCUUUUGAGACAGCGGAUGUUUUCUGGUUUGUUUUUUUGCUUUUUAUUUCCCCCUUACAUUUAGGAAGUGACUGUCGAACAGGGGUUACUGACUGGAGAAAUCCCGAGAAAUCUGGGAAAAGGUGGAAUACGGAAACCUGCUGCUCUUCAAAGAAAAAAAAUAUUGAUGGCCUUGAACUGUCUCAGUAUUUCCAAAUCACUCGUGGUGUGGGGAGAAUAGAAAGGCAACUCCUCCCACGCCACCUCCUCCAGCAGAGGAGGCUUCUGGAAAUAUAACCAAGAGAAGACAACAAACUUUUUAGUGUAUUUAUAGAUAUUUUUCCUUUCUGUUUCACCUUUAUGAUAAUACUUCAGUUUUAGGUGUCUUAGCUGGGCCCCGUUCUUAGAAUGUAGCAGUCUGCACCAUUUUUUUAAUAAGUUUUUUGUUUUCCCCGGAUACCAAUAGAUUAAUUUGUUCCUUUUUUUUAAAAUGUGAUUGCACAAAGUGGUUAUAAUAACAUAGGCAUGUGCAACGUGAUUGUCUGUGUGUGCUACUGUCAGCCAUGCGUGUGUAGUCCACCUCCUCAAAACCCUCUUCAGUCUUUAGGUUUUGACCAUUGUUUCCUCGUAGUGCCUUACAGAUAUAAUGACACAGUUUACUUGGCUUGGAUCCUGAAAGCCACAAGAGACUAUAGCUAUACUUAGAGACACACGUUUCCCUGAUUUGACAUCCUAAUCGGGGCAGUUGUAGCUCUCUUCCAGGUGUAGGCUCAGCCCUUGCUGUUUCUUGUCCUUAAUGACAGCGUACCGUAGAUGACGAAGAUUAAUGUCAGAGGUUUUAUCACGCUGAGCUUUUUUAUUAUGUGUGCAUGAGAUAACUUGCCUGGGGUACUUACCAAAGUCGUAGAUAAAUUCUUGCUACGUUUGCUGUGGAUAUUAAUGUAAAUGUGAAAAUGUACAGUAUAGCUGUAGCUGUAAACCUCUAUCACAGUGGCACCCAAAAUGUGGCUUUAGUUAGGAUUUUGUUUCUUUUGAACCACGCGAGGGAAACGCGUGUCGUGAUCGCAGAGCAACGAUAUUGGCUCAGUUUUCGUGUUCAAGGAAUGAGUUACAGUAUAAUGUUUGAGACUCAGCAGAGGCAGGUUAAGAGCUAGUCCGAGCGAAGGGCCUGACGGAAAGUGAUUGUUGCCACGAGGGUGAUUCUGUAAGGCUUUAGAUAGCCUGGCUGCAGCAAAGAGACAGCGUAUUGAGGGUUGUUGAGAGAGGUACAGUAUAGGCAUGAGUUAAGGGGCUGAUUGAAAGCAUAGGGUCAGUUUAGCAGGGGACCGUGGAGGGCGGGGCGAAACUCUCGAUUUUAAAUGGGACUAAAAUAGGAGCAAGUUGGCAAAGAGCAGGUUGAUAGUAAACACUGAGCCCAAGCCGUAACAACAUGUCCGAAUGGCGUAACAUUCGGACAUUAAUCCUUUUUUUGUUGUUUUCAUUUGUUCCUCUUCUUGUUUGUUUCUGCAGCAAAGAUAAUUGGAAGUUGAUUCACGGAGGUUUUGAAGGGAACAGAAGGGAAAUGUCACAGCAUACACCUGGAAGGGCACAUUGUGGAUGGUUUGUCAUCGCUGUCCAUUUGUCUUCGAACCAGGUUCACCACAGACACCGCCAUGCCAGCCAGACAGGAUACCCGAACACUUAGAGAACCAAUAGGGCUGUCGCUUUGUGUGUUUGCUGCUUGAUUUAAUAGAUUUCAAUUUCUUGUAGCUAAUAAUAAUUAAUCUCCUUUGUCCUCUCGAACGUGGGCACAUCAGAACUGCUGGUGAUUUAGCGAAAGCCUUCCCCUCUCCUUCAUGGUAUGCCAUAGUACUUGCAUUUGAAGUGAUUUUUUUUUCAACAUUAUCUUGAACUUUUUGACAUGGCUGUAGUACAUGUGUUUAUUUUUAGAGAUUGUUGCAAUAAUUCUUGUUGAUGUUUUAUCAGAGCGUGUGCGUGCGUGUGCGUUUUUAUUAUAUGUCAGGCUCAUUUCUGUUUUAUAACCUGGGGGUUGAUGUACAGUGAUAUUUAGUAUUUUGUUGAGGUGGUUGCACCUGUGUAAAGUGUUGCAACACUGCUGAAGAUGAUAAGUGUUGAGUUGACGAUGAUCCACUGGGGGCCCUUAUCGAUACGUGCUCGUCUUGAGGAUGCCACACCCAGGUUUGAAAUCCAGCGGUCCCCCGAUGGGCCCCAGAGUGGUCUUUUAUCCCGGUACUUUCCUCAAAACUCUCCCCUCCCCAUCAGCUCCAGCAUGCAAGCCUCGGGUCCAGGCGCUUAAAGAUGUGAUUACAUAGUAUGUUGCUGGUUACGUCGUUUGUUGUCUUUUUAUUUGAUAUUAUUUUACCUACUUAAUUUCCUCUGGGUCAUUGGGGCCUUAGCGCGCACACACACACACAUAAGGGAAGUGAUUUUCCAUGGAAAUCUUUUAGCUCCUCUGUUAUGACACAAACUACUGAAACAUUCCACUGUUUUGAGGGAAUUUGGCAUUACCCACCCUACACUGCUGUCCAGACCCCACCCCACUCCCCCACUCUUUUCAGGAUGGGGCUAAUGUUGACACACUCUGACUCGUUUGCUUGUCCCACCAAAGACUUUUACAGAUCGAUCAUGUACAGCACAGCACAGUACAAGCAAUCCUCCACAGCGUUGCAGACAGGCAAUAACUUCUGGUCUCAUCUUUAAAUGCUUUACAAGUGCUUCUGAGGACAUGUUGUUUCACCACCAUGAAAUGUAUAUGUGUGUGCAACGUACGAAUGCACAGGGAGGAUUUGGCAUACUUCUUGCAAACAGCACAGCUAUUUGUUUCUGGACAUUUAACCAUUAGAAGAGCUGCAGUGUGUUUGAAAGCUUUUGUUUUUUUAAUGUUUUACUUUGAUUUUUCCUCAUAUUUGGCCCCUGUUUAGAUUAAAUCAAUAAUUGUCUAAAAUGAUCAAUUUUUCUGUUGUUGAUGUUGCAGCUUUAUUAGCAGUGUAAGAAAAUUAAUUUUAAAGGUUGCCAUUGAGGAGAAUGGCCCGUUAAUUAUUAUGGAAAUAAUCAAAAAUAUACCAAGUAUACCUUUAAAAGCGUGGUCACCUGCACAAAAUGAAUGUAAUAUGUGACCUGUGAGUGAAAGGAAAUGGCAGGAAUGGCUUUAGAUCUUUCUCCGUGGGUGACCAUUAGUUUAAUUUCGACACCAUUUGUGGCCAUGCAUGAUGCAAUAACUAAACAUUUGUUCUCCAGCGAGCUCCUACAUGAGACUAAUUAUGUAAAGUUACCGGUAUCACGAGUUGGGGAUAUUGAAUAAUUGCUAUUUUCUCAAAUCAAACAAACACGGUGAAAAAUAACUUGAUGUGUACGAAACAUUUGUCUAUCGUUCUGUUUCACUUAACCAAUGUUUUGUGUUUUCUAUGAAAAAAGGGGGGAAUAAGAAAUAUGAGCAUUAAUGUAGAUCGAGUGACCUUACAAUUACCAAAAUGUGCUUAAGUAGAGUAUAAAAAUGUUUUCUGCUGCUGUGGUGAGUGUAGCCUUCCCAGCAACAAACUUUAUUCUUAAGUACUGCCUUCCAAAUAACCAAUAAUACCUCCAAAGCUUUAAGGUGACGUUUAAAUUAGAGAAAACAUAAGGCAGCAUCUUUCUCUCUCUCUCUUUAUGAAGCCUGGCAUUCUCCUGAGAUACACUCAAACUUCCACUUUUGCCCACGGUGUCAUCUCACAUACUCGUCGUCCCGGAGCUUUGGAAACACUGAGAAACAUUCCUGCGAGCGCGGCGCACGCAGUGCUACAUUAGUCUUCUUCGAACAAACUCCUCCAAGCUGGCUCGAAGCUUAGUAAGCGAACAGGCAACCUGCAACGUCAAAUCACACGCUUGUACGUCAUUUGGCAAAGUCACAGCUGCUUCCCAAAGUACAAAGGAGUUUAAGGACAGGUGUUAGGUGGAUAAAUCACGUGCUGAUGAACUAUGUCACCAGGAAAUUCAUAAUCUAGUUACACGAGCAUUCUUGAAGCCCUUUUGUAUGUUUUUUGUUGUUUUGUUUUAUUUUUUGGUUUUUAAUAUAUAUUUGUUAAGGGGAUCUGCUCCUUUUGCUGGCUAUUCUUUGGGGGAAUUCAGGGUAAGGUGGUCAAGGUUUGAUGCCGUCACUGACACUGGCGUCAAGUUAUUGAAACUUUAAAAAGUGAUUUCUUUACGUACUGAGUUAAUAUUCAUUUGAUCUGCACCAGCAGAUUACCCCAAUCUGCAAUCUUAUGAGAUGUUGGGGUCCACAUUUAAGAACUUUAAACAUUUGGGUUAUUUUACCGGAAUACUUGGUAGACCAAAGCUACUACAUUCAAAGAUGGAUUUCCUUGUUUGUCCUAAUCUUAGGAUCACAGUCCCUUUUGGGAUCCUCGGUAUAAUCAAAUUAUAAUAAUAUAGUUAUAGUAGUUUUAAAUGACUACUCGCACAAAGAAGGCGAUAAUUCAGUUUGUUAACAUUUUCUAAAGACCUAAGAGCGCGUCAAACCCUGACCCCCUUUUGUGUCCAUUGCUGUAUGGUUUAUCAAUGGUGUAAAAUCUCAUUCUUUGUCGAUAAAGCUAAUGUGUGCUGCAGUAUUUCCUAGUAUACUUCUCUGUUUAUUGUCCUUUCUUAUUUACUUUGGUUUAUUGGGGUGUGAUGUCUCAUUAUUUCAAUCUGUUGACGUAGCGUUCAAUGUAUACCCUGUUCCUUAGCCUAAUAUUAAGUAUGUUAUGAGAAUGGAUAUUUUACUGGCUUUAUAGAAUGUUUAAAUAAAUAUAAUAAUGACAAUAAGAAAAAGGAUUAAUUAAACCUCCUAACAAGUUGAGUACUUGCUACUAAGCGCUUGUGUUACCAUUAUGAUGUCGUGUGCUUCUCUUAAUCAUUUUCGUUGUAGAAAAAUGGAGUGAAUUUAUAUUAGGCUUCGAAAAAACUAAUGAUAGCAUUGUAAAUUUUACAGGAGGAUUUUAACAGACAAACAGCUUCGUCAAAUAGAAGAAUAUAGUUAUUUUAAUUGUCCUCUUUACUAACUGUAGGGUGACAAGGGGCUCCCGUUGUGGUGAACUAUGUUAUAGCUUGUUAUUCACUGUUACUUUUGAUCAUUUUUUCGGUCUCCGAGGUGAAUCGAGUUAUUAAUGAGAAUUUGUAUGCUCACAUAUGCAUAUUGUAUAUGUGUAGAAAUGUAAUCACACUUUGUCUUGGAUUUACAUUAAACUGUUAAGUCACA